AUGGGCGGCAUUCUCGCUGUUUCAAAAUUGAAGACAAUAUGGCUAACACUGGCCCUUCUUCUGCGCGCAGUUAAUGCGGGCGUCUCGUUGACGUACUGUUUCAGGUCCAACCUGGGCACGACCGACCCGAUAUUCUCAAAUUAUAUGUCCAAUGGGCUUUGUAUGGACCACUGCCGAUCCAAUCACGAGUGGGCCAUCGUCAGUGGGAAACAGUGCUGGUGUUCUGACAACAUGCCGUCGCGGGGCUUAGAAAUGAGCGACUGCUCUACGCCGUGCUGGGGGAUUUCUUCUGAAAUGUGUGCUGACCCCGACAAGAAUACCUACGGGUACAUAUACAUGGGGGAAGGCAGUCCUCCUUCUAUAGAGGUGGGCUCUGAAGAGAAUACCCAGUCAUCUGCACAGUCUUCGACCGCCACCACUUCAAGCACAUCAUCUUCUAGCAUAUCCGUCUCGUCACAGGACCCCGAGACGAGCACAACUCCGUCAUCUACAACAUCCCCGUUGACCUCCUCAGACAACGGCGAAACAAAAACUAAAAGUACAGUAACAUCGUUACUCAAAACAACCGACGAACAGCAUGAGACGCGUACAACUAGCACGGACUCCAGUUCAAGCGCGGCUUCUCCCGCAUCAACCCCUGAGUCGGUAACGAGCACCAGCAGCACUUCCAGCAGCACUUCCAGCAGCACUUCCAGCAGCACUUCUAGCAGCACGUCCAGCAGCACGUCCAGCACGUCUUCAUCAAGCACAUCCUCGAGCUCUUCGACCACAGCCGCACCAACGCCUGUUGUACCGGUCUUGGUACGAACCACCACCACCGUGCCGACACCAGUAACAAGUUACCAGGCUAUCACCUCAGUAAUUUACUCCGUGUUCACCACAACAGCGGCAUUCUCCGAAAAUGGAAGCCAGGGCUCGAGCAGUAUCGUAUCAGUAGCCACUGUCAUUUCCACCGCUGUCUAUUAUUCCACCUUAACACCCGUCAACUCGGAAACGGUUCCGGCAACAUCCGCUGCACCAAUUGCAAAGGUGAACUCGUUCUGGGAUUCUAAGGCCAAGGUCAUCGGCACUUUUCUCCCCGUCGCACUACUUCUUUUCCUUCUGCUUCUCUUACUCAUUUGGAUUCUUAUUCGGCUUCGCAAAAAGCGUAACGGUUACCAGGAUGACGAACUACAGCACUUCCAUUCCGAUGUCUCGUCUGCAGGCAGUAUUCUCGGCGGGCAUGGCGCGACCAGCUUCGUGUACACCGAUGAGAAGGGCAUUCUCCCUUCACCCGACUCUAAUGGAGCCCGUGUUUCUGCACUAGCAAGCCAAGCCACUAUGGGCGGUGGAACUCUCUGCUCGAACUCACUUCCAGCGAGCAGGGAGUCGAAAGCCGACGCUCUCGUUUUCGACCAGCGACUUGACCCGUCUCACGUCAUGUCCCAAUGGGAGAACGGCGGCAGCAGGGUAUCGCUUGCAGAUGAUGUUGACUACACACGAAAGGUUCUCCGAGUCAUCAAUGAAUAG